AUCAGAUCCAACUUCGUCUGUGUGGGGAAGAGAGCUGCUGUGGAAGGUUUGAGGGGAACUCCGAGCUGUCGGCGUCUUAAACAUGCCCAGCCUCCCUCCUUGGCUGUCUCUCAUCCACCAGCCAGAAGGAUUCUUUCACCGGAUCGUCAGAGUGAAAGCUCCGCUUAUUCAGGCAACACGUGGAUAAACUUUAUUUCCCCACCGCCUUUACAAAGAAGUGUCACUUAUUCCGCUGAAGUUAACGACCCAGAAAGCGCCACCGUCCAAGAGAAUAUCACGUUUCGUGUCAUUUUAAAUCCUUCAGUCCCUCUUUUUUGUUGUUUAUUUCCCCCUCCCUCCCUUUCUCCCGCCCUCUCCUUUCCCCUUCCACCUUGAUCCCUAAAGGAAAAGGCAAGAGAUCCCAGGAUUAUUUUUUUUAAAUAUAAUUAUUGCACCGGCCGAAGUCGCCUUCUGUUGUAUCCCGGCUCAAAGAUGCUGCUGGUUUCUGAGCUCGCUCUCUUUCUGAUUUACACGGCGUUGUUGCAAAGGGACUCCGCUUACGAAUCCAGCCAAGACUAUUACGAUGACUAUCAGGAGCUGGGAGAACCGAAGGGUCAUAUGAGCAGUGAACUGGAACAUCAGUUGCGGUCUGUAUCCAGUGUGGAUGAACUCAUGACGAUAUUUUACCCAGAGCACUGGAAAAUGUUAAAAUGCCAGCUGAUGAAAGGCCGACCAUACUACAGAGAAACUGGCUUUGGAACAGUCACGGAGGAACCAGUAACAUUUGCAGCAACAUAUUAUAACCCUGAAAUUCUAAAAAGUAUUGAUACUGAGUGGAAAAGGACUCAGUGCAUGCCCAGGGAGGUGUCCUUGGACGUGGGGAAAGAAUUUGGGUCAGCCACAAACAUCAUCUUUAAACCGUCCUGCGUGUCUGUCUACAGAUGUGGUGGUUGCUGCAACAGCGAGGGAGUAACAUGUAUGAACACCAGCACUUCUUAUGUCAGCAAGACACUAUUUGAGAUUACAGUGCCAAUUUCCCAGGGACCAAAACCCAUAACAAUCAGUGUUGCAAAUCACACGGGCUGCAGAUGUAUGUCAAAGUUGGAUUUCUUCAGACAGGUUCACUCCAUCAUCAGACGUUCCAUAUCUACAUCCCAGUCAGACUGUCUGAUGCCAAACAAAACCUGUCCCAGGAAUCACAUCUGGAAUAGUUUUUUAUGCAGAUGCGUGAGGCAGCAUGAUUUCAGCAGCUUUCUGCCCCCCAAAAGUGACUCAGGUGGUGAUACCAGCUACUACAGUGUCUGUGGGCCGAAUAAAGAACUGGAUGAGGAGACCUGUCAGUGCGUCUGUAAAGGAGGUCGACACCAUUCUAGCUGUGGACGUCACAAAGUGCUGGAUAAGGACUCGUGUCAGUGUGUGUGCAAAAAUGGACUAUAUCCCGCCCUCUGUGGCCCCCACAAGCAGUUUGACGUGGAUUCUUGCGAGUGUGUUUGCAAAAAAACUUGUCCAAAAAAUCAGCCUUUAAACCCAGUAAAAUGUGUCUGCGAAUGUACAGAGACUCCAAAUAAAUGCUUUCUGAAAGGGUCAAGGUUUCACCCUCACACCUGCAGUUGCUACAGGCUACCUUGUGCAGGCCGAACAAGACGCUGCAGCCAUGGUUAUUACUUCAGCAAGGAGGUAUGUCGUUGUGUCCCCACAUACUGGAGAAGACCGCACACUGACUAUUAUUGACGGUGACUGUCAUGUGGCGACAGAAGUGCCAUUGUCAAACUUUCACACAGACACUAGCACCAAGAGGAAGAACAUUGUAUAAAAUUUAAAAAGAUGCAUACUAUCUACAUCUUGGAUUCAGCAGUGCACCAGAGAGCUGGGAGGGCCCGAAUUGAUCCCGACACUGCAUGUUUCUAAACAAAAGUGCAGGCAUGCAAUGUAGAAACUUACCUGGAGGCUAUAAGUCAUGGAGAGAACUUGCCCGGGCUUCACGUGACACGCCGUUGUCCAACUGUCUAGAUUUUUUCAAGCUAAUUUUUGUUUUUAAGAUAAUGAAUCUAUAUCUAAUUUAUUGCCACCAAAAUGUUGUGCAACAUUCCUGUUCAUAACAGUUAACAACUGUAAGAGCUCACUGUGAUCAGUAUUUUUAUAUCAUGUAAAAUAUCUUUAAAAUAAAUGGCGAAAGUGUAUUGUA